AUGGCUUUGAGUCCAGCAGACCUACAAGGUCUCUCGGGUCUAUCCCCUGUGCAACUUGAAUUGGAGAGCUGUUUGGAUUUGAAACAGUUCGAGCAGCAACACUUCCACCUGGUGGGCGGACUUUUGGUGGCGCUGUUUCUGGGUGCACAGGUGGUGGUGCCGGAAAAGGGCACCUUCCAUCCCUUCGACCUCGCCAUCACCGAGGGCAGCGUCCGGCAGCUCUUCACGACCUUUUGGUGUUCGCAGGCGCCCAGUGGCAGCCAGAGCCUCUGGUGCGGCGACACGCUGGAGACGCUCCGCUGGGAGCCCAAGGCAUCCGCCCAAGUGACGGUGCAGACCUGGGCGCUCACGGUGGAUCAGUGGAAUGCCGAGGAAUUGAUGAGAGUGGGAGAGGUGGUGUGGACCAAACGAAAACCGGCACAAAUCAGCCGCCUGACUCUGGGCUGUGAUCUUGGGUCUCAGUUGAAAAUCUCUGAGGGAAGCCAAAUGUUCACCUGGUUUUGGAGGAUUCAUAGUGCAGUGAGCCUCCGACGUGACAUUACCAGCAUGUCCAGCUUCCUGGAACAGAAAUUCAUUGAAUCUCAUCCAGCCGCUCAAGUGAAGGCCCAAAAGUUAGGCUUUCAAUUUGAUGAAUCCUCCUGCGAAUAUGGAUGUUACAACGUCUUCCAGCUUUGUGCUGAAGAUGAGGACUUCAUGGAACAGUGUUUGACAGAGACAGAGGACGAUCCGGGCGCCAAGUGUGCAGAGAAUUUGCUGAAUCUUGGCAACAUGCUGUUGUCCGAAGGUGUGAAUCCCAGCAUCCCCAUCUAUCUGAUCACCGGCCUUUCGGAGUCGGAACUGCAGAAGUGGAAGACACAACAUCACUCCACGGCGCUUCUCUUCCAGGUUUACACGGUGGUCACUCCACAGCAGCUCAAACUGGACGUGGCACGGACCCCGAAUCGCUUUGCCGCGGUGAAUUUUGCGUUGAACCAGGAAGCCGAGCUGUUAAUAGCCAGUUCGUCCUGCAGCUUAGCGGCCUUCUCCGCCGAUGCUCGACACUACAAGAGCCGCUCGAGUCUCUUCUUCGAUCGGCAGCCCGCGACAUCGCCGCAGUUCCAAUGGCACCAGCCGCCAGGGAUCAUUUUUCCAGUGAGGCGGCGCAUCAAAUGGGUCUUCACACUGCCUUCCAAUUCCAACUCGGCACCCUUCAACUUGUCCAUUGCGGCGGUGAAGAGUGCCAUGUCUACGGCGCCAUCCUUGGUGCCGCUGUGUAUGACCGCGGCCACCCCUGGGUCAGACGUGGCAAAGCACAUGGUAUCAUUGGGGGUCAGGGUGGUGCAUCAUCAGCCUACAUGGACCAACGUCAUGGAGAAAUUACUUAGCAAGUAUCUGAACAUUGGAUAUGUGCCUUUCAAUCUGAAUGCCGACCAGCUGGUGAGUCGGCUUCUGCGAAUUGACCUGCCCAUCGUGGGCAUCCUGGAUCAGUUCGUCCUAUACACCGACCCUGAUGUCUUGUUCACAGGAGACGUGACCUGGCAGGGCUUGUUGGGUCCCAACUACUUGAGACUGGAACGACUUCUGCGAAAGAAGAAACUCUUAAAGGCGCCCUUUGAUGUCUACUACGCUCCACGGAAUGCGGAGGGUUUGCCCAAAUUCUUUGGACUUGGGAAGGCGGAGACUUCUCAGGACGAGGACACCGCGGUGAUGUUUCUAAACCUGAAAACCUUGGGUGAGAGCUACUUCGACUUCCGUCGAUAUGUCUUUGACCGCUCAGACAUGCUCUGGCAGAUGCUGGUGUCCCUGGAUCCUGCAGGCUACAGCAAUUUUUAUGUCAAUGCUGACGGGAAGACCUGGAGCUCCCGCAUUUCACCCCGCUACAACUCGGUCCAGGCGUUGAGGGGAGAGAAUCAAAGCAACAUCACGCGUUUUGCUGGGAGCAACUGCGACCGGGACAUCCUUCCCUACGUCCGGAAUCGCGAGGAGCGAUCCGAGAGGGAUGCAGCCUUCAUUUCAGACACUUUGUGGAGACUCUACCAAUCUACUGAGCAUGGGACCAUGGACAUCAGUUCCAAUGAUGCGGAACAGUUGUUCAUCAAUGUACUGAGCCGUCCCAGGAUCUUUCCCGCAGAGGCGGGUGGCUCCCUGGCGCCGCCCCCAAAGCCAUGGAAGUUGAUUCUAGAUGUGGUCGAGGACACCUUCCUGGAAGUCACAGAUGCAAAAGUCAAGGAUCACUCAGGGACAAAGACAAAGAAGAGGAAACCACCUAGCAAGAAGCCACCAGGGAAGUUUGGCGGCGGCGGCGGCGGUGGCGGCAGCCAGCGGCCGCUGGCCCCAUCCCAGGACGUGCCUUUUUGGUAUCGGAAACUGAUGGGUAUGGAGGACGCCCAGCCCGCGGCCCCGGCGCGCUCUGUGCACGCCGCGCACGACGCGCCGCCGCUGCCGCGCUGGGGCGGAACCGGCUUGGGCGAGCGGCGCUCGCCGGAACGCUGGGAUCCCAAUGGAGGCAGCUGGUCGCCCUGGCAAGCCCCCAGGUCCAGCGCUCGACCGACGCAAAGAUCCCGGUCUCCGCGAGGUCCAACGAAUGCCCUGCGCCAUGUUCAUAUCCCACCGCUCCGGGCGGAGCGCCCCGGUCCUCCUCCGGGUGACUGGCGCAGCGCCUCGAGACGUCGAGGCCGUCGCGAGCGGCGCCGCUCACGGGAGCGACGGCGGGGAACUCGAGGUGUCCGACCCUCGCGCGGUGGACCCCGACAAGGCUCUCGGAGGCGCGAAGCGCGCGAAGCGCGCGAAGCGCGCGAAGUGCGCCAAGCCAGGACGCUCUCACGUCCAGGUGGUCGAAAGCGUAGUCGUGCGGCCACGGUGACACCGCGAGGUCCACGGAGCGCGAGUCCAGGACAGCGCGAAACCCGCGAAACCCGCGAAACCCGCGCGGCCACGCGCACGGCCACGCGGUCGCCACGGUCACCCCGCGAAACAAGCAAGCAGCCAGAGGCCAGCGCAAGCCGCGCAAGCUCUGAGUGCAGUUCUCCCAGGGCCAAGAGCAAGGCCAGCAGGCGCAGCGCCAGUAAGGCCAGUAAGGCCAGUAAGGCCAGUAGCAAGGCCAGCAAGGAGUCACAAGAAGAACAAGCAGAGGUGGAGGAAGCCAAGCGCAGCGGCAGUAGCAGUGCGGAGGAAAGUCAAGAGAAAGAGAAGGAACCGCACAUGGAAGGAAAGAAGGAACAGGACGAAUCACAGGCUGAGGAGGAACCGAAGGAAGACGAGGACGAGGCGGAAGAGCGGAGUGGAGGCAUUUGCCUCACUGAAGCCAAGGCAGAGGAAGAGCCGAGUGGAGGCAUUUGCCUCACUGAAGCCAAGGACGUCAAGAAGGAGCCACAGGAG